AGGAGUAAACAUGGCUGCGGCGUUGGCGGCGGAACCGCGAGCGCUUCCAGUCCUGACCGUGUUCAUUCAGCACUAACGGGCAGGAGGAUGAGGAACCGCAGUGGUGUCGCGAUGGGAAGAAGAGAAGAAUAAGCAGGAGAUGAGGAGCUUUUUCUGAAAUUUUGUCGUUUUUUUCCUUUUUAAACUGGAAACUAAAGUUUGUUGUGUGGGAGAAGUUUUGACAGGAGCUUUGGAUUUGCUGUGAGAGAGAGAACUUUAGCGUAGCUAACAGACUUCCAGCUAGCAUGAGGUCUAAUCUAAUGCAGUAGAUUAGAAUAGAUCACACACAUUCGACCUUUAGGAUUCAUUUCAGGGAGAAAAACUUUUACUCGGAGGAAUACUGAGCAUCUACUGGGAGAUUAGACUGGGACAGUGUAAUAGUAGAUUAAACUGGGACAGUGUACUGGGAGAUUAGACUGGGACCGUGCACUGAGAGAUUGGACUGGGACCGUGCACUGAGAGAUUGGACUGGGACAGUGUACUGGGAGAUUAAACUGGGACAGUGUACUGGGAGAUUAGACUGGGACCAUGCACUGAGAGAUUGGACUGGGAUAGUGUACUGGGAGAUUGGACUGGGACAGUGUACUAGGAGAUUGGACUGGGACUGUGCACUGGGAGAUUGGACUGGGAAACCCUUCAUGUCACCUAUGUGUAUGUAGAUAAAUAAAUAAAUAUCCUUCAUCACUUCUUCAUCCUGGGAAGAUGGAUUUGGUGUAAUCUUGCAUCAUCAUCAUCAUCAUUCCAAAUUCUGGAUAAGUAGAAUAUACAAUGGUGCUGAUCCAAACCCAUUCCCAAAGUUUGUCCUGCUAGAAGAUCUCCAAUCAUCUGCUGUGGUUUGGAUAUCGAACCGCUUUCUGGGUUGGAAACAUGUUCUCUCCGAAACCUCCGAAGCCGACGUUUACGUCUUAUCUUUCCCCACUUCAGACCGACACCAAGAAAUAUCUCCCGGUGUCCACCAAGAAGCUGGAGGCCAGACUCCUGCCAGGGGAGAUCGUCGUAAACGAGGCGAAUUUCGUGCGGAAGUGUAUCGGGGCCGACAGCAGUCAAGAUGACCUGUGGGGAAAGCUCAUCUGCACCAACUUCAAGGUGUCCUUCAUUACCCACGAUGCCUUGCCUCAACAGAGGUUCCAGUGUGUCCACCGCCUCCUGGGAGAACAUGAUGUCCCCCUGACAUGUGUGGAGCAGGUUGUAACUGUGAACGAUGCAAAGGGUAAGCAGAAGGUUCUGGGCUCCAACAAGAAGCUGAAGUUUAAUCCCACCGAGUUAAUCCUGUACUGCAAGGAUUUCCGGAUCGUCCGCUUCCGCUUCGAUGAGGCUGGACCUGAGAGUGCCAAGAAGGUUUGCCUCGCUAUUGCACAUUACUCUCACCCAGCCGACAGCCAACUACUGUUCGGGUUUGAGUACGUUGGUACACGCUUCCACGGUUCAUCAGUUGAGAAGGUGAAUGGAGUGGAGUCGGGGAAGAGUGUACAGACGGCCAUGUUUGACUGCUCUUCUGACUGGGACAGAGAGAUCAAACGCACCGGCGGCACAGAAUGGAGAGUGUGUGCCAUUAACGAGGAGUUUCUCAUCUCACCCAGUCUCCCAGAGUUCUUUGUGGUUCCGUCUUCGUUGGCGGAUCAGGACCUGAAGCAGUACGCGUGCUACUUUAAAGCUCAGCGUCUCCCGCUAUGGUGCUGGAAUCACCCUAACGGAAGUGCUCUGGUUCGUAUGUCCCACAUCACCGAGCCCCAGCAGCAGAGGAAGCUGGAUCAAAGGAUUUGCAGCGCGAUAAUCAAAAGCCACCCGAUGCGCAGCACCGUCCUGAAGACAGAUUUGGACGAGAGCCUGCCGAGCAUCCAGGAGCUCCAGGGUGCGUUAGUGAAGCUGCGGCAGGUCUGCGUGAUCGAGCCCUUCGAGGAGUCUGAGGAAAAGUGGCUGUCGUCCAUGGAAAGUUCACGGUGGAUGGAACACGUGAGGGCAUUUCUGAAGCACGCAGUGGAGGUCGUCUACAUGCUGGAGGGGAAACAGUCCUCCGUCAUUCUGGAAGAAGUAGAAGACCGGGACUUGAGCUGCGUCAUCGCGUCUCUGGUGCAGGUGAUGUGCGACCCUCAUUGCCGGAGUCUGGCCGGGUUUCAGGGCCUGGUACAGAAGGAGUGGGUGAUGGCUGGACAUCGCUUCCUGGACCGCUGCAAUCAUUUAAAGAAAAACGACAAGGAGGAGUCGCCACUGUUUCUGCUGUUCCUCAACUGCGUCUGGCAGAUAAUGGAGCAGUACCCAUCAGCCUUCGAGUUCACUGAGAUGUACCUCACGGUGCUGAGCGACAGCAUGUGGGUUCCUGUCUUCAGCACUUUCCUUUUCAACUGCCCCAGACAAAGAGCAGAGCACAGCAGGGACUUUGCCCUGAGUAAGAGCAUAUCCCUGGGCCAGGACAAAGUUCUGCAGUUCCCCCCUGUGUGGGACUGGUCACAGCAAUUCAGCCUGAAAGAUCAGGCGCUCUUUAACAAUCCUCUGUACGUGGGCAAGAGCGCCCCCUGUGUGCACAACGGCACGGUGCGGACCUUCACACACCGACGGAGCAAGAGAAACUACAGUUCCACGCUGCGAGGUCUUCCCUCAGACCUGAAGAACGGUGGUCUGGCUGCACUCGAUACCUUGCCGAGGCGUAAUUCCCUGAUGCCGCGACUCCGUACGGACGUCUCUCAGGCGAACGAGAAGCAGCAGAGCCCUGCUGAACACUUCCUGCAGGACUGGCUUUCUCGCCCCGCCGACCUGCAGGGUCUUCUGCUGCCCCAACUCCUGCCUUCCCACCUGCCCCUGUGGAAGCUCUACUUCCUGCGCUGGGUGCCCGAGGCUCGCAUUCCCAACGGCGGCCCCAUCACCACCUUCCACAAGUUCUCCGUGCUGGUGGACGAGAUCGAAAUCCUGCAGAACCAGCUGAGGCAGUACACUGGAGGGACGACUCCGGCACGCAGCCUCCAAGACGAACCCAGCAGAAUGUACUUCAGGGCAGGAUCGUCUCCGAGCGAGUCUCCAGCUCCUAAUCCUGACUUCCUCAGCUCUUCGUUCCCCUUCUCCCCCAUGGGCAACAUGUGUCGCCGUAGCCUCCUGGGUACUCCCCUUAGCAAAUUCCUUAACGGAGCCAGAAUUUGGCUGUCCACCGAGACGCUGGCCAACGAGAACCUCUGAAGAGGUCUCCUGUGGCGCAGCAGGCGCGUUUGGAAGUCUCUAGAAUGUUCUUCUUUAUUCACACUGGUUAUUUCGCAGCGCUCCAGCCAACAUCGCGAUGUUAAGAUGCGUGAACUGAUACCACCAUCUGCCCAGAGCUUUAUGUUUUAUAGGAGCAGGAGAUGUUCUGUUUCUUCUCCACUGCUUUGUGGGAAUAUGGUGUAGAAUCCGGCACAUGCCGAUCGUCCACGAUUUAUUUGCCAGUUUUUAAGUGUCUUAGGUUUUGUUUUUGUGUUUUUCGGAAUGAAUGCGCACAUCCUUCUACACAGGUUCCCUCUUUACUAAACUGCCAGUACUGAUUGUGUUUUGAUGUUUUUCUCCUUCGCUUGUUUGGGAGUGUAAAGUAAAAGCUGUGGUAGAGAAAUCUGAUCAAACUUUAUUUUAGUAUGUAGUUCUAUACAGUUUGGAAGAGAUCUUCUGGAAAGGUCUGACUGUCUAGCUAGAUUUUUACACACACACACACACACACACACACACACACACACACACACUAUAUGAACAAAAGUAUUUGGACACCUGCUUUUCCCAGCCAUAUGUGGUAGUCAUUCAAACUGUUCCCUCAAAGAUGGAGAGACACUUGUCUUUGGAGAGCAUUACAUUUUCCCUUCACUUGAAUUCGGAGAUGUUCCACCAUGACAAGGCACAAAGCCAGCUCCAUGAACAUAUACAUUCCAUAGAUUGGAAGAUCUCCUGUGAUAGAUCCACAUUAUUGAACAAUGAAUUAUGACACUGACUGGCACCCAUCAGCACCUGAGUUGACCAACACGUCAGAAGGAACAUCUACCCAGAAGAGUGGAACUUUAUAAUAAGAGCAAAUAGAAGACAAUGUGGAAUAGGAGGUUUAGAAAGAAGCACAUACCAAUCUUAUGGUCAGGUGUCCACAAACCUGUGUUCAUACGGUGUAUCUCACACACACACACACACACACACACACACACACACACACACACGGGCUGGUCCUCGUCUGUUACACAAUCGCUUGAAGCGGUUCUGCAGUCGAGCGCAUCGUAUAGCGACAGGCACAUAAUGAGUCGAGUUUGUGAAGGAACUUCAGAGGUUUUAUUCUUGGAAGAAAAAACAAACAGCACUUGUUACCUCUUUUUGGUUUGUUUUCUUCUAAAAGCUUUUCUUUGACAUGGGUUUCAGGGUUUGGGACGUGGCGUCGGACGAUGUGUCCAUAAUAAACUGUUCUGAUAGGA